UCAGAAUCCACCACCCAACCCAUAACCAACCUAGAAAAAAAAGGGCACUGAAACACUGCCCAAACAGCUCAUCUCAUCUCCUCACAUCUCUUUAAGCUUCUUUCCAACCUUUCCCAAUUAAAAUAAAACCAUGCACAGCAUUUCUUCUCCAAAACAAACAUUCCAUAUCCCUCUCAUGAUCAAUCUCCUCAAGUGACUGACAUUGAUCUUGAUGAUAUAACCCUUCGUUCUAACUCAGUAUAUGCAUUCCCCAAGACAAUAAUAUUCCUUCAUCAAUGUUAUCAUCAUCAUUUCUCUCUCUCUUUUCUCUCUCCUUCCACUUGGUAACUUUUGAUUUCUCCUCUUCCUUCACACUUGUUUAGUAACAAACACACUGGGCCACUAGGAGUAUAAUCUGUAAGCUAUUUAUAGAACAGAUGGAUCUAGUGAUCACCCAACAAGACAUUAAACCCAAAAGGGUAGAUCUGCAUUUACUUCAUCGCCAAUGCAACAAGGAUUUCUUUUAUAGAUUGAGAAACAAAAGAGAGAGUAGAGAGUGUGCAUUGUGAAAAAUCAGAAGAUCCAUGGCAACGAAUGUACGAUCGUCUGUCUUCCUGGGUUAAAUUCUUCAAGUAGCAAAGUUCAAUCUAUCUGGGUCACCUUGUUCUGCUUCUGAUAAUCUCGCAGAGCUGCAUCGGCAAUCUGUAGUGGCUCGGAAAACGAAUUUCAGCAGAUCCUCUUCCCAAGUAACCAUUCGUUUCCUCUCUGCGUCUUUUCUCCAUUUUCCGCACAAUUUGAUUGCACCAGAUGGUGAAAUGCUCGUCAGAAGAUACAGAGGAUUCAGUUCUCUUCGCUUAAACGUUCUACAACAGCACCGACUCGUAGUUUUCGGUCUUCCUUACCACCGGCGGAUCACUUCCAGUAAUGGGUCUCGGUCUUAUCCUCAGAGGGCUUUCUUCUCCGGCGAUAUAUACAUUUGUGAGCUCUUUUAAGCAUUUGUCCGCUUUGGAACGUCUAGCACUUUUGAUCCAUUUAGCGUUUGUUCUUCUCUUUCUCUUCUUCGCAUCGGUCAGGCGGAUAGUCGCUUGUGUCUCACGGGUUCGUGUCAUAAAGGAGGAACCAACGAAUGCCAAUUCGAUUCCUGUUAGUCGUCAGAGUGAAGAAGGAAUCUACAAUGUUGAGAUUGGUACCGGUUUCAAAGCUUCAGUUUUCUGCUGUUUUUAUGUUCUGUUUCUGCAAGUUGUGGUGUUAGGGUUUGAUGGCACUGGCUUGAUUAGAGAUAGAGGAAAUGGGACGAGCAGGGAUUGGUCCCUUCUUUACUUGCCUGCUUCUCAAGCUUUAGCUUGGUUCGUACUGAGCUUUUCGGCUUUUUCCUGUAAAUUCAAGGCUUUGGAGAAAUUCCCUUUCUUACUGAGGACAUGGUGGUUUGUAUCCUUUGUCCUCUGUUUGUAUACUCUGUAUGUUGAUGGUAAAGGGCUGUGGAUACACGGCUCUGAGUUCUUGAAUUCACAUGUUGUGGCUAACUUUGCUGCAAUUCCAGCCUUGGCUUUCCUCUGUUUUGUUGCUGUUGGAGGUUCCACGGGUAUACAGAUUCACAGAAACCCGAGUCUUCGAGAGCCAUUGCUGCUUGAAGAAGAAGAAGAAGCAGCAGGGUGCCUUAAGGUGACCCCUUAUAACGAUGCUAGGCUGUUUAGCCUGAUCACACUUUCUUGGUUGAAUCCUCUCCUGUCUGUGGGCGCAAAAAGGCCACUUGAGCUCAGGGAUAUCCCUCUUCUGGCACCGAAAGAUCGAGCCAAGGCUAAUUAUAAGGUUUUAAACUCCAACUGGGAGAAAUUGAAGCAAGAGAAUCCCUCUAAGCAACCAUCAUUAGGUUGGGCAAUCUUGAAGUCGUUUUGGAAGGAGGCAGCCUGUAAUGCUGUAUUUGCUGGCUUGAAUACCCUUGUUUCAUAUGUGGGUCCUUAUCUUAUCACCUACUUUGUGGACUACCUGGGGGGAAUUCAGACAUUCCAUAAUGAAGGUUAUGUUCUGGCAGCAGUCUUCUUCACAGCGAAGCUGGUGGAGACUAUUACGACCAGGCAAUGGUACCUUGGAGUAGACAUAUUGGGCAUGCAUGUGAGGUCAGCUCUUACGGCCAUGGUGUACCGGAAGGGACUGAAGCUCUCGAGUGGAGCUAGGCAGAGCCACAGCAGUGGUGAGAUUGUAAAUUACAUGGCUGUUGAUGUGCAGAGAGUAGGGGAUUACUCGUGGUACCUCCAUGACAUAUGGAUGCUCCCACUGCAAAUAAUUCUUGCUCUAGCUAUUCUGUAUAAGAAUGUAGGGAUAGCCUCAGUUGCAACACUAAUUGCCACUAUUGUCUCCAUUGUUGUUACUGUUCCUCUUGCAAGAAUGCAAGAAGAUUAUCAAGACAACUUGAUGGCCGCCAAGGAUGAAAGGAUGAGGAAGACCUCUGAGUGUCUGAGGAACAUGAGGAUUCUCAAGUUGCAAGCAUGGGAGGACAGAUACCAAGCGAAGCUGGAGGAGAUGCGACAUGUGGAAUUUAAGUGGCUUCGGAAAGCACUCUACUCCCAGGCUUUCAUUACAUUCAUCUUUUGGGGCUCCCCUAUUUUCGUUUCUGUUGUCACUUUUGGUACUUCUAUUCUCUUGGGUGGUCAGCUUACAGCAGGAGGGGUUCUUUCUGCUCUUGCGACCUUCAGGAUCCUCCAAGAGCCUCUAAGAAAUUUCCCAGACUUGGUCUCGAUGAUGGCGCAAACAAAGGUGUCUCUUGAUCGUAUUUCUGGAUUCUUGCAGGAGGAAGAAUUGCAGGAAGAUGCUACUACCGUUCUCCCCAGGGGCCUCACAAACAUCACAAUUGAGAUUAAAGAUGGUGAAUUUUGCUGGGACCCUUCCUCCCUAAGGCCAACAUUAUCAGGAAUACAGAUGAGAGUUGAGAAGGGGAUGCGUGUGGCUGUUUGUGGCAUGGUUGGUUCUGGAAAGUCAAGUUUCCUUUCUUGCAUCCUUGGAGAGAUACCUAAAAUCUCUGGCGAAGUUAGAAUAUGUGGAUCUGUGGCUUAUGUCCCUCAGUCAGCCUGGAUACAGUCGGGAAACAUAGAAGAAAAUAUUCUUUUUGGCAGCCUUAUGGAUAAAGCCAGGUACAAGAAUGUCCUUCACGCUUGUUCAUUGAAAAAGGAUUUGGAGCUCUUAUCGCAUGGAGACCAGACCAUCAUUGGUGAUAGAGGCAUUAAUCUGAGUGGGGGCCAAAAGCAAAGGGUGCAGCUUGCGAGGGCACUCUACCAAGAUGCAGACAUUUAUUUGCUUGAUGAUCCUUUCAGUGCAGUUGAUGCACAUACAGGAUCAGAAUUAUUUAAGGAGUACAUAUUGACAGCAUUGGCUAGUAAGACUGUCGUUUUUGUGACACAUCAAGUUGAGUUUCUGCCAGCUGCAGAUCUGAUAUUGGUCCUUAAGGAAGGUCAUAUCAUACAGGCUGGAAAAUAUGAAGAUCUUUUGCAAGCUGGGACUGAUUUCAACAAAUUAGUUUCAGCUCAUCACGAAGCAAUUGAAGCUCUGGAUAUUUCUGUACACUCAUCUGAUGAACUAGAUAGGAAUGUUCCUCUUUCUGGUUCUAUAAUGUUUAGUAAAAAAUGUGAUUCAACUGCAAAUAAUAUGAGCGACUUAGCAAAGGAUGUAGUGGAAAAUGGAUCACUAUCAGACCAGAAAGCUAUUAAGGAAAAAAAGAAAGCAAAACGCCCAAGGAAAAAGCAGCUUGUUCAGGAAGAGGAACGCGAAAGGGGAAAAGUUAGCAUGAAGGUGUACUUGUCAUACAUGGCGGCGGCAUAUAAAGGUUUAUUGGUACCGCCCAUUAUCCUUGCGCAAACGUUAUUUCAAGUGCUUCAAAUAGCCAGCAGCUGGUGGAUGGCUUGGGCAAAUCCACAAACUAAGGGCGACAAUCCUAAAACUAGUAAUACGGUCCUUCUUGUGGUUUAUAUGGCCCUUGCUUUUGGGAGCUCAUGGUGUGUAUUUGUUAGGGCUGUUCUGGUAGCCACAUUUGGUCUAGAAGCAGCACAAAAGUUGUUCACAAAGAUGCUCAGAAGUGUCUUUUGUGGACCAAUGUCUUUCUUCGACUCUACCCCAGCCGGACGGAUCUUGAAUCGUGUGUCUGUAGAUCAAAGUGUUGUGGAUCUUGAUAUUCCUUUCAGACUUGGUGGAUUUGCAGCAACAACAAUACAACUUCUCGGCAUAGUUGGUGUAAUGACAAAAGUAACCUGGCAAGUCUUGCUUUUAGUUGUCCCUUUGGCCAUUGCAUGCUUGUGGAUGCAGAAAUACUACAUGGCUUCAUCACGUGAACUUGUUCGCAUAGUCAGCAUCCAAAAAUCUCCAAUCAUCCAUCUUUUUGGGGAGUCAAUUGCUGGAGCAGCUACAAUUAGAGGCUUUGGGCAAGAAAAGCGGUUCAUGAAAAGGAAUUUAUAUCUUCUUGAUUGUUUUGCUCGCCCCUUCUUCUGCAGUCUUUCUGCCAUUGAGUGGCUGUGUUUGCGCAUGGAAUUACUAUCAACUUUUGUAUUUGCCUUCUGCAUGACUUUACUUGUGAGCUUCCCACAUGGAAGCAUUGAUCCAAGUAUGGCUGGUCUUGCUGUUACAUAUGGCCUUAAUUUGAAUGCACGGUUAUCACGCUGGAUUCUAAGCUUUUGCAAGCUUGAGAAUAAAAUUAUUUCGAUUGAGCGUAUUCAUCAGUACUGUCAAAUCCCAAGUGAAGCUCCAGCUAUUAUUGAAGACUCUCGCCCUCCAUCUUCCUGGCCAGAAAAUGGUGCCAUUGAAUUGAUUGACCUAAAGGUCCGUUACAAGGAGAAUCUUCCUGUGGUCCUCCAUGGGGUAACCUGCACAUUUCCUGGUGGAAAAAAGAUUGGGAUUGUGGGCCGUACAGGAAGUGGUAAAUCUACUUUGAUCCAGGCAUUGUUCAGAUUAAUCGAACCAGAAAGUGGAAGGAUAAUAAUAGACAGCAUUGACAUCUCAACAAUUGGCCUCCAUGACCUGCGUGGUCGUCUGAGUAUCAUUCCACAGGAUCCUACUUUAUUUGAGGGGACCAUCAGGAACAAUCUUGAUCCCCUUGAAGAGCACUCUGAUCAUGAAAUCUGGCAGGCUCUUGACAAGUCUCAACUAGGAGAUGUAAUCCGCCAAAAAGAGCAAAAACUUGACACUCCAGUGUUAGAGAAUGGAGAUAAUUGGAGUGUCGGGCAACGGCAACUUGUUUCACUAGGCCGGGCUUUGCUGAAGCAGGCACGGAUACUGGUGCUUGAUGAGGCAACAGCCUCUGUUGACUCAGCCACUGAUAAUCUCAUCCAGAAGAUUAUCCGAACAGAGUUCAAUGAUUGUACUGUCUGCACUAUUGCACAUCGUAUACCUACCGUUAUUGACAGUGAUCUGGUCCUGGUUCUUAGUGAUGGUCGAGUUGCUGAAUUCAAUUCUCCUCUGCGACUACUGGAGGACAAGUCAUCUAUGUUUCUGAAGCUGGUGUCUGAGUAUUCAUCAAGGUCAAAUGGCAUGUCAGAUUUUGGAAUUUGAUGGCGUGCCUUGCCACAUUGAAGAGAAACUAACAACAGCAGAGGCAUUUGGGGUGGACAAGUAGCAAUGCUCCCCCAAAUUCAGCGCUCAGCUGUCAAGUAGAGGGGGAGGGAACAACCUGAAUUUCUGUUCUGUAACCAACCCGUGGAAGGAAAGGGUCUUAUAUAAACAUUUACAGGUUAAUACUCCUCGGAGCAAGCUGAGGGAAUCCAGAGCAUGGUUGGCCCUACCUGUUUAACAAAAAAUUGAAAUUGGGUUAUGAGGGUCAUUGGCAAUAAUUUGCCAGCAGAAGAAAUAAGCUGGUCAUUUUUGUUCGACGUGCCCAAUAAAAGCAGUAUUGGUGUCAAACCCGGAUGUUCAUCUUAAUCAAUUUGCGGAGCAUCCCAUCAGAGCAUGUAUCCCACACUCCACAGUGCAGCCUCCUGGUGAAUUUCGUUCUUAGUCAUAAUUAUUCUGUCAUAGGAGUCAAGUCCUCAUUCGUCUCCUCCAUUCCUAAUCUGUAAGAUAUUUUGUAGAUUUGAUCAGAUUAGUCAUGUAAUAUCCUGCAGUUAUCUUAAAGCAAAGAGAACACUCACUACAAGUCUGGCAUCCAAAGCAGGAGUGUCUCCCUCACAGCAGAGGCCGAAUGGUUGAGCAAGCACAUAAUCAAGUGCUGAAUUGGACAAGGCCAAGGCAAUAGAAUGGGGACUCUCUGUACUCUUUAUCUCAGUAUGUUCUGUUUAGGAAGCCAUGAUUGUUUUGUGAAGAGUUCUCUUCCCUCUUUAAGGCUCUAGCCACUGGUUUGUUUCCCUCUGCGCCAACAAAAACCAAUCAUCAUAAAAGAAUAUUCUUUUUUAUUAA